AUGGACUUACACCGGGCAGCCUUCAAGAUGGAAAACUCCUCCUACCUUCCCAAUCCUCUGGCAUCUCCAGCCCUCAUGGUUCUUGCUUCUACUGCUGAAGCCAGCCGCGAUGCUUCCAUCCCUUGCCAACAGCCAAGGCCCUUUGGCGUCCCUGUGUCAGUGGACAAGGAUGUUCACAUCCCAUUCACCAAUGGCUCCUAUACUUUUGCCUCCAUGUAUCACCGACAAGGUGGGGUGCCAGGAGCAUUCACCAACCGUGAUUUUCCACCUUCCUUGCUUCAUCUCCACCCCCAGUUUGCUCCCCCCAAUCUGGACUGCACCCCAAUAAGCAUGCUGAACCACAGUGGUGUUGGGGCCUUCCGUCCCUUCGCCUCCACUGAGGACAGGGAGAGUUACCAGUCAGCUUUUACACCUGCCAAACGCCUGAAGAACUGCCAUGAUACUGACUCUCCCCACCUUCGCUUCUCAGACGCUGAUGGCAAGGAGUAUGAGUUUGGAGCCCAGCUCCCAUCAGGCUCCCCCGGCUCCCUCAAAGUCGAUGACACAGGGAAAAAGAUCUUUGCUGUCUCUGGCCUCAUUUCAGACCGGGAGACCUCAUCUAGCCCUGAAGACCGAAAUGAUAGAUUGGAUGUUGACAGAUUGCAGAAGGAGGUGGAUUGA